GAUCGACUUUUAAUUGUCUCCUCGAGGAAAAUUAGAACCCAGUGUCGCAAUAAUCGGGAAAAAAGUAAAAAUUAAGUGACAAAGAGUGCGAGAACGCUGGAGUGAGAACGCAUAUCGAUUGGAAGUGAAUGAAAAAUUGACAAAACAUUUUAAAAAAUUAUGAAUUGGAAUGCGUAAACGAACACCAUCUUGCUGAUUCGAUAUAAUAGAGGUACACAGCUGUAGGUAGAGAACACUUUACAUUAUAUACUUCUCGCUGUACGUGUAUGUGUACGAGAAUCGAGUAUGUAAUACAUUGCAUUCGAUAUUUUAAUGAUUAAAGUCAAAUGAGAAGAAAAAAUUGUGAAAAAGCCCGAAAUAAUUGCUAGAACAUUGGAAAAAGUUAUGAGUAGUGAGGUAGAAAUCGGCAGAAAUGGCACGAUGCCCUCGUCGACGUUGCCCGAUGUGGUUUUGGCUGCAUCCGAUGAGGAAUUCGAUUUUGGCAUGAAUUUAAUCACCACAAUGGCUGCUAGUAGGAGAGAAAAUAUCGUGGAAAUGGGCAGUGUUGCAGCAACGACGACGAUCGCCAGCAAGGUAAUGGAUGUGAAUAGCAGUAGAAAUAGCUCAGUGGCAAACAGUCCGCGGAGCGUAGCGGAAGACGUAGCCACAGGUCGUGUCAAUGACUCGGAGGGGGUCUCGCUAAUCGUCGACGACAACAGUAGAAGUGCAAACAACAAUAUCAGUAGUAAUCUUAGGAGUAGCAGUAACGACGAUGUGCCAACAAUCAGUGUCGACGUGUCGGAAUCUUUCGCCCUCGAAGACACCGAUACCGAUGAUGAUGUCAUUCUCGUAGUGCAGCCAAUAGAAACAAUUGAAUUACUCGGCGACGACGACGACGGCGACGUACAAAUAGUAAAUUCCGACGAACCGAUACCAAAGCCCAAGCGGUUACCUCAAAAGCUCCACAAAUCCGUGAUUCAGCCAACGAGUAGCACGAGCAGCAGCAGCACAAACACCUCAUCCACGAGUGACUUUCCGGGACCGCCACGUUUGUCCGAACCUUCUGUUAGUGCGAUGAUGCCCGACGACGAACAUCUCACACCAAUUUUGGAUUUGCUCGACGAUCAUUUCGGAUGUCAAUUCGAUCUGCCGCCUCCGAUGCAUCUGCCCACCGAUCCGCAUCAUCAUUCGGACUUUGCAACGAUACAAAAUCGCUCGAUGCUGGCAACAGGGACGACGCAGGACUUUUCCAAACCCACAAGCGGACUCUUUGUUUCGCACUUGACCAAUAGCAUGGGUACCCAAACAGGCUGCGAUUUGAAACCCGAAAAGAAAGAUAUGGAGACACAGACUGAUGGCGUGUCGUUUUGUGCAAAACGGAAGAUAUCUUACCUCGAAAACGACCUCGACGGCGACGAAUGCCCCAUUUGCUACGAGCCGUGGGAGGAAUCCGGCAAACAUUCCCUCGUUUCGCUCAAGUGCGGUCACUUGUUCGGCGAUUCGUGCCUGAAAAAGUGGCUAAAUGACCAACAUGCGCAACAAAAACUUCGUCUAUGUCCCGUUUGUCGUACCAAAGUGGAAGUGAAGCACAUUCGAACGCUGUAUGCACGUCGUGUGAUACAAGUCAAAGCGGAUCCCGAGCUGAAGCGACUCCGUGCGGAGCUAGAAGUGGCACGGGAACGUGCAAAAAAGUACGAAACGCAAUGUCGGAGCUUGGAUUCGAAGCUACAAGCAUGCUACAGUCACAUGAAUAAUGCAGGAGCGACGUCAGAUCACGGACGAGGUCCUUCGACGAGUCAAAAUCCGCCGCGACUCAUUCAUGCAACGCCGUUAUUGCGACAACAACCACCGGUGCCGUUACAGCAGCAGCAGCAACAACACGCCCUGAGAGCUGUGACGGCAAUUCCGUCGGCAUUGCAACUGAGUGUACCGACGACGUCACGCGCUGCCCUUACGAGCAUCCUCCCAUCGUCAUUCCUGACCCAGGAAUUUCAUCAAAUUGGGCGAUACGAGUUUCCACGCGACUUCUUCGACCAGCGAACAAUUAACCAGAUGUAAAAACAGCAGUCGGAGUGAAAAAUUUUUUGAGAAUGAAACGAAACAGAAAUACUAAGAAAUAGAAAUACCUCUUUUUAAGCGAAACAUUUUGUGUUGAAUUUCAACGUCAUAUAUUACUACUAAACAAAAAAUUAAAGAAAAACGUCUAGAACCGUAAGACAACAAAAAAAAUCACUUUUGUACAAAAAAUACAAAGUAACGUAUAUA